AAAACUAAAGCGAAAUAUGUCAAUUUGUUCAAUUCAGUUUCACAAAUUUUCUUGUUUGUUGUGUUUAGUGCUGAAUAUUGUGUGCCCGUACUAUUAAACCGAGCUGUUACUGACCUUCCCUGGUAUUUUGUUUGUGCAACCCUCGUAUCGACUGGCCUGCAAACCGUGCGCUCUUUCACUCCCUCGCUCUCUCUUAUGCGUUUGCUUGUGUAUGUGUAGCUCGCGUUUGGCACUGUUUGCUGCCUUUUGCCAUUCGGCGUUUUGUUUCGGCUGCAGCGCGCGUGUUGUUGUGUUUUUACGUUGCGUUUGUGCUUGUGAUUGCAGCCCGAUUCUAGCCAAAAAAAUACAAAAGCAAGGACGGUGAGCAGUGAUGAGCGGUGCGACUAAGGAAAAUGUGCAGCUGCUGCGGGCGGUGUUGAAGCAGCCGGUUCUGUACGAUCGCGGCGACGAAAACUACAGGAAGCGCUUGCCCAGCGAUAAUUCCUGGGACAUGGUGGCCGCGGAGGUUGGAGGGUCGGUGGAAAGGUGCAAACGGCGCUGGCGUCAGCUGCGAAACGAUUACAUACGCUGGUGCAACGCAGACGCCAAUCGGCGACGGCAGGGAAAUCGACGCUUACCCUAUCCGUUGCAUGAGGAAUUCCGCUUUCUGGACCGCCACCUGAACUUGGCCGACCCGCACAACGACGAGGAUCGCAGCGGAUCAGAGAAGGAUAGGGACAGCAACAGGGACAGCGAGAGCAGGGACAAUACCUCUGCAUCCUUAAAAGGAGACGCUGCACUUGACGAUAAGUCAGUCAACGACGAAUCGUCGGCUGAUCAACUUCUCGGGGAAGAGGAUCCUUCAACCAAGGACGUGAAUAAGGAUAAGUCGAAGCAAAUCUCAAACCAGAUAAAGGAAAAAUUCGUAGAAAAGGAGCUGGCUAAACUGCAGGAAAAGGAGAAAAGUCUCAAGGAAGAUAGUUACAUGCACUCCGACCAGGAAGGUGACGAUUCCAUAGAAGAGGAGCAUCUAGAGGAAUUUGAAUUCGAAGAAGAAGUAUUAAUGCAGGAAAAGGAUAAAAAAUCAUCGAUUAAUACUAAAGAUUCGUCAACUAAGCCGUCAGAGUUUUUUAUCAAACAAAACAAGAACCCAAAUUUACUGAUUAUUGGCAAAAAGAACGCUACGCUCUUGGGUGGCGAAGCUCUCGACCCUGAGUCUGAGGACUUGAAUCUCGGAGAUCCACUGGACGACGACAUCGCUAUGGAGGCCUCAAAGAUCCUACGCAGAAGGGACAGCACAAAGGAAGGCUCACCCAGUCGUCGCCUUCGCAAGCCCAAGGAUGCUGCCAUUAAGAAGCCCACCCAAGCGCCGAGGGUCACGCGUCAUCAGCGCCUCAAAACCAUGACCCUGGGUGCAGGGCAGAGUAUAAGGAGCUCCACAUCGCCCGUUAAGUUGACACCAGUGCCAAGAGCAGUGGGGGCCAGUAAGACAGUUCAGCUUAAAAAAACAGAUGACUUCUUCCCCAGACCGUCAACGCCAGCAGGUGACGGAAAACAAGGAGUUAGGCAAACUCUGGCCCAAAGGCAACAGGUAAUGAGACGCAUGACUACCAGUGACCGCCCAGAGACACCGCCGACUCCGCCAAGAAGAGGCAGGCCGCCGAAGAAGCUUGAUUUUCCGCCGCGAUUAGACGUUGCAACAGUCAGGCAGCAGUCAUCGAAUAUUCCGAAAGUUGUGCCCAUCAGCAAGACCACCAGCACGGUCCUGAGCACUGGCGCCAAUAUUGCCCUUGUUCCCACCACCAAACCAGGAGGGAAUCUAACCAACCGGGUCACCGCCACCACUCUGAAACCGAUGGAGAAUGUUACUGUAAUGAGUUAUAGUCCCAUCUCGAGCACUAACCAUAACAUUGCCGUGAGCAGUGCCAAAGCCAUCGGCAUGAGUAGUCCCCCGGUUGUGGCCACCAGCACCCUAGCAGUUUCGGCCAUUUCGUUGCCACCAAAUACCACCAUGGUAAAGCGGGGCGAGCGGGGAACACAAACGGAAUGCGCGGAUAUCUAUUCGAAUGAGCAUUUCCUGGAGAUGAUAAAGCCACAGAUGCAAGAGAUGAACAAUCGCCAGAAGAUGCAUUUCAAGCAGAAGGUAUUCCAGGCCCUGAUGGAGACCUUCGAUGAUGCCACCGAUUUCCCAGAGGCCGGGGAAUCGCAGCAUUUGAGUGUAAACACUCCGUCGGCCUUUGAGCACGUCACGAGUCCUGAACUUCGCCUAAUUAGGGAGCUCGCGAGUAUGGUGAUUGCGGCCAAGUUGUCUCCAGGAGGGUCGCCACAGAAGCAGCAGGCUAAGCUGCCAACUAAGCCGUCAAGUCAGACGCAGGAGGCAGUUUCCUAUACUGCACUGAAUAUCUCGGAUAGCCCGCGAGGAAGCCAAACAGUGAGCAUUCCAAGUCAUUUGAUCCAGAGGGUCUUCAAGACAAGUCGCGGAACGGAGACCACUGCCGCCAACAUUUCGCCAGCUGCCCCGGGAGCCGAUAAAAGGACGGUUCGUUUGUGGAAGACUACAAAUGGGAAAUCGAAUGGGAUUAGUGCUUCGCUGGAGGAUCUGCGCAAGGCCAGCGUGGACAGUGAGCAGAGCUUGGUGAGCUCGGUAAAUAUACCGCCAGCCAGUCCCAAGGGAGCCACUAUUAUGGCCGCAGUGAGACCGCAGGGAUCUUCGAUCAACAGCCUCUUGGGACCUUCGACUAGCGUGACAGCGGUCAAGACUGGACCAUCGCUGAAGGCGCGUGCCAUGGCCCGCCGGUAUUCCACAUGCAACAAUCAGGCCUCCCUACCGGGCGGGCUGGGAUAUCCCAGCUCCCUGCAUUCCAAUCUGACUCCCAUGGAGGCUAAUGCACUGAAGCGCCGUCUAAUGGCACCAGCCCAACCGAUGGUGCCGCCCACUCAGCGUCCUCGCUAUACUCCUGGGGUCCAGCAGAUUGUUACGCCGCAAGGCAACAGCUUGCUGGUGAGGAAGACCAUUGGAGCUAGUCCUGGCAAUCAGAAGCUGCAAGUUUCGCCCACCACCGGUGUCGUUUUGACACCCCAGAAGACACCGCAGAUUACCAACGUACAGGGUGCCGCCUUUAAGGAUUUUAUCCAGCCCAAAGUUACGGCUGUCGCCUCAUCGUCGUCCACGUCAUCCGCGACAUCCUUGGGAUCCCCGGCAGCGACUGAAUCAACUCCUCAGUCCCUGGCACUCAAGCGCAGUUUGGUGGUGGCGAAUGCCAAGAGCCAGCUCCCAACCCAAAGUCCACUUUAUAAACCCCAACAGCAACCGCAGCUCCAGAAGACGAACUCGACCAACAUUACGGCAGCCACCAUUGCAGCGGAUGACUAUACGCUGGAUCUAAAGCACGAGCCGGUGGAUAACAUGGACGACCAUGACGAUAUACUGGGCAUGUAGAGUGCCAUCGAAAAUCCAAGUGAAACUUCAACUAAUUUAAGAUCUACGACGAAUCUUGAUGAGAACAAAACCACAGACAAAGAAUUACUAAGUCUAAGAUGAAUUAUUUUUAAGUUCUUAAAUAUUCUCACAACCACAUUAUUUGCUGCGAAAGCUAAGCCUUAUUUAUCACCAAUUAUGAGAGAAUAUUUUCAUUUACAAACAUUGCAAAAUUAUUUUGUGUUACCCAAAUGAAUGAAAGAAACAUACUUUAAAAAAUAUUCCUAAUAUAUAAG